AUGAAUCAACUUUUAUAUUUUAAUGAUAUACAAGAAAUGUAAUUUUAUGCAAAAAGAAAUCAACUAUCCCUAUUUGUCUAUAAGAGGGCAAUAUAUGAUUUAACAGAUUUCAUCACACAACACCCUGGAGGUUAAAUGGAAAUUAAAUAAUAUGAAAAUUAAGAUGUUUCUAACAUCCUAUUCCAAAAAUCUAUUCAUAAGCACAAACCAUAUGUUAUUGCAACAUUAUAAAAUUACUUAAUAGGAUAUAUUGAAAGGCGCAAGGAGCCAGUAAUUCGACUAAAAUCAUCUUAGUUGAUAAUUGAAAAAACUAGAAAAAUUUUACAAGACACUACAAUGCCUUAAUAAUAGUGUGAGGAUAUACCAGAAGAUUGUUCCAUUGAAGAGAUGCCAAUACUUCAGACAAAUAAAAAACUUUUUCAUUCUUAAAAAUCAAUUUAAAUCUAGAAAUGA